CUGUAACCUUAGCACUGUUUUCGUAAUCCAUUCACUCAAGUGACAGUCACCGUGGAUAUCGAUCAUGUUCAACUCGUUACUGCUGACUAUUGCAAAAUUGAAAUACUUCACUCGCACUACGCCUUGAAGGUUCGAACACCUGUUCUGAUUCAUCUGUACUCCGGCGCUGCAUGUGCAUGAAGACUCUCAGGCUCAGGCUCGUUCACUUCUGCUCUUCUCCGAGUCGAGUCUUUUGUUCGUCUGCACUCUGGCGCUGCAAGCCUGCCAGUGCAUGUGGACUCUCAUCCUUCCCAACCCGGAGUCUCUCUUUCAAAGUCGUGUGCUCUGGCGUUGCAUCUAGACUCUUGUUUAUUCGAUCCCCAAGGAGAACUCACCCUCAGCUCUGGAGCAAACUUUGGUCGUUGUGACGAAAAAUUGUUGAUAUCAACCACUUCCAUAUCCAACAUAUAGUAACUGAAGCGAAUGCACCAAUACACGCUCUAUUCACAUUAUCUCGACUGCUAGCUGUUCCAGCUUUUACUCUGACAAUCCCCGACCUGUUCAGACCUCUUUUGACCGAUUUAUGCGCCAGAUGGCUUCACGAUGAUGACGAUAUCGAAGACAGGUUCAUCGCGUUUCAUCUCAUUGAGCUUCAUGAGGAGCUAUAUCCAUGCUCAUACGCUUUCUUGCAAAAACCAUG